ACAGCCGCCGCCGCCGCGGCUCCGGCAAAAGUUUUCGCCGGAGCGGCCGAGCGCGCCGGUCUCGGUCCCCGCCGGCUCCGAGAUGCGUCCGGGAGUCGCCGCGAGCCCAGCCCCGAGAGGAUCACCCACGUGCCAAGGCCGUCACCGCCGGGGUGGAGAAGCUGCUGAGGGCUGGUAGGAGGCCGGGCACCCUGCACUGCACCCCAUGCGUGUGACCCAGAGGAGGGAUGUCCCAGCCACAUCUUCUCACCCUCCCGCUGCUGCUGCUCUGCUGCCAGCAGGGCAGCCCCUGUGGGCAGGAUGCGGGUGACAGGUGACACUUCCUGGUGCCCCCAGGGCCCCUCUGCCCAGAUCACGGAUAACCUCUUUGAGAAAUGGACUGCGUACAGAGAGGAGUGCCAGCACAACAUGAGCCGCCUGCCUGCGCCCACAGAGCUGGUCUGUAACCGCACCUUUGACAAGUUCUCGUGUUGGCCUGACACCGCACCCAACAGCACGGCCAGCGUGCCCUGCCCCUGGUUCCUGCCCUGGUACCACAAAGUGAAGCACAGACACGUCUUCAAGACCUGCGGGCCGGACGGGCAGUGGGUGACGGGGCCGCAGGGACAGUCCCUGCGUGAUGCCACACAGUGCCAGCAGGAUGAUGAGGAGAUAAAUGCACAGGAAAAAUUUGCCAAGACCUAUGGCAGCUUCAAGGUGAUGUACACCGUGGGCUACUCCAUGUCCCUGUGCGCGCUGCUGCUCGCCCUGGCCCUGCUGCUGGGCUUCAGCAAGCUGCACUGCAUGAGGAACUAUAUCCACAUGAACCUCUUCGCCUCCUUCAUCCUGAAGGGUGUCUCCGUGCUGGUCAUUGACGCCCUGCUCAAGACCCACUACAGCGACAAGAUCGACGGUUACAGCGUGCAAGUCUGGCUGAGUGACGAGGCAGCCGCAGGCUGCCGGGCAGCCACAGUUUUCAUGCAGUAUGGCAUUGUGGCCAACUACUGCUGGCUGCUGGUGGAGGGCAUCUACCUGCACAAUCUGCUGGUGGUGGCUGUUUUCUCCGAGAGGAGCUACUUCACCCUCUACCUGUGCAUUGGCUGGGGGGCACCCGUGCUGUUCCUCAUCCCCUGGGUCGUUGUGAAGUUCCUCUACGAAAACAUCCAGUGCUGGUCCACUAACAACAACAUGGGCUUCUGGUGGAUCCUUCGCUUCCCCGUGUUCCUGGCCAUCCUGAUCAACUUCUUCAUCUUCAUCCGCAUCAUCCAGAUCCUUGUCUCCAAGCUCCGUGCGCACCAGAUGCGCUACACUGACUACAAGUUUAGGCUGGCCAAGUCCACGCUGACGCUGAUCCCGCUGCUGGGCAUCCACGAGGUGGUCUUCGCCUUCGUCACAGAUGAGCACGCCCAGGGCACACUGCGCUAUGUCAAGCUCUUCUUUGACCUCUUCCUGAGCUCCUUCCAGGGGAUGCUGGUGGCCAUUCUCUACUGCUUUGUCAAUAAGGAGGUGCAGGCAGAGCUGUUGAAGCGAUGGCAGCGCUGGAAGCUGGGGAGGGACCUGGCUGAGGAGUACAGGCACACCUACAGCCACGCACCCAGCGCCCGCAACGGCGCCGGCAGCGCCUGCGAGAAGCACCAGCUGGUGAGCGGCUGCACCAACGGGCUGGGGCACAGCCCGGCCCCUCACCCCGGCUCCCACCGCCCCGAGAGGAGCGGGCGCGGUACCGCUGAGCACCUCGCCCUGGGAGAUCGCCACCACUGCUACGAGUUCCCUGAGACCACGGCCGAGAGCCACUUCUGAGCCCACGGCCAGACGGGAGGGCUGUGCUGAGCCAGUGGCGCCGUCGUCCCCUGCCCUGUCCUCCCCAGGUGCUGGCAGGCACCGGGACCCGCCGGCCCGGUGAGGGUGCUGCGCUGAGCGCGUGGACAAUGGACACAAUGGGGCAGGCGAGUGGGACCUGGACCUCGACCUCUGGGGUGGGAUCUGUGGGGCUGGGGGGGCUGGGGGUGGGAGUUUGUCCUGUGGUGCUGCCCUCGUGCGCCUUUGAGUCCCUGUGCACAGUGCUGUAAUUUAUCUGUCCUAUCUGUAAAUAGGUGUGGGCCCGUGCUGGGCUGCAGGGCCA